AUGGACACUAAAGUGAAAAAUACAGAGACACUAUUGUCUUUGGGACAGUUUCACAUCUCUGAGGAUUGUGGGUUUAUUCUUCCUGAGCCUCUGGUAGACCUUCCGGUGUACUACAAGCCCUGGAUGGACAUUGCCAGAAAUGUGCUAGAACUCAUCUUUUCCCAUUCUUUGCGCCUCAGAAUUCACAAUAUGCCUCUGUUGGAGACUCAUUUGUUGCGGACACAUUGUGAGCUGCGUUUGGCCCAUCUGGCUUUGAGCAUGAUGACUGUGGGUUACGUAUGGCAAGAGGGCGAGAGAGAAACAAUAAAAGUGCUUCCGCGGAAUCUGUCGGUGCCAUUCUGUGAGGUGUCUCAGAGACUGGGUCUGCCCCCGAUUCUCAUCUACACUGAUGCAGUCCUUGCCAACUGGAAGAAAAGAGAUCCAGAUGGACCUUUUUCCAUGGAGAACUUGGAGUUGUUGCUGACAUUGCCUGGUGGGGAAAGUGUAAGAGGAUUUUUUCUGGUGACACUGCUGGUGGAGCUGGCAGCUGUUCCUGGCCUGAAGUCUAUCCUUGAUGUCAUCAAUGGCAUCCAUUAUAAUGAUGUUGCUAUGGUCACCAAAGCUCUGGAUGUUGUCAGUCAGGCCAUAGGCAGCAUGAAACAGGCCUUUAAACUAAUGCAUGAAUAUGUAGACCCUUCCAUAUUCUAUGGCAUUAUGAGGAUCUAUCUGUCUGGAUGGAAAGAUAACCCAUCAAUGCCAGAAGGUCUCGUCUAUGAUGGAGUUCAGGAGAAGCCAAUGGAGUUUUCAGGAGGCAGUGCUGCUCAAAGUAGUAUCUUACACUGCUUUGAUGAGCUGCUGGGAGUCCAACAUGAAGGAAGCAGCGGUAAGAUAACUAUCAGUAAUUGUUCUUGUGAUUAGAUCAUUCCUGAUUUAAAUUUUGGCCUUGCAAUUACAGUAA